ACUUGAGAGAGUACAUGAGUGGACCGUGAAGGCGUCAACCAGUGUGCCACGUCUCUUCGGACUUGGUUUAUAGAUAAAAGAAGUAUCAGAAGUAGCUGAACUGAACUUUGUGAGAAGAACACGACCGACACACGAAGAAGAGUAAGAAUAUGGUAGUGAAGGAUGAGUCUUCAUGUGUUUACAAGAACCGAGACGCGCCAGUGGAGGCGCGUGUGAAGGACCUUCUCUCUCGGAUGACUCUGCCGGAAAAGAUUGGUCAGAUGACUCAGAUUGAACGAAACGUUGCUUCUCCUGUCGCCAUUACAGAUUCUUUCAUCGGAAGUGUACUAAACGCCGGUGGGAGUGCGCCGUUCGAGGAUGCUAAGUCGUCGGAUUGGGCGGAUAUGAUCGACGGUUUUCAGCGUUCAGCGUUAGCGUCGCGUUUGGGAAUUCCAAUCAUCUAUGGCACUGACGCUGUCCAUGGCAACAACAAUGUCUACGGCGCCACCGUGUUCCCUCACAACAUCGGCCUAGGAGCCACCAGAGAUGCAGAUUUGGUUAGAAGAAUCGGAGCUGCAACUGCACUUGAAGUAAGGGCUAGUGGUGUUCACUGGGCAUUUUCUCCCUGUGUUGCUGUCUUGAGAGAUCCGAGAUGGGGACGAUGCUAUGAGAGUUAUGGAGAAGAUCCCGGACUUGUCUCCGAGAUGACUUCGCUUGUCUCAGGCCUACAAGGCGUGCCACCAGAAGAACACCCAAAUGGCUACCCUUUUGUUGCAGGAAGAAACAAUGUUGUCGCCUGCGCCAAACACUUUGUAGGAGAUGGUGGUACUGACAAGGGCAUUAAUGAAGGGAACACCAUUGCGUCAUAUGAAGACUUAGAGAGGAUACACAUUACUCCAUAUCUUAAGUGUCUUUCUCAGGGAGUCUCCACGGUUAUGGCGUCUUACUCCAGUUGGAAUGGAACUCAACUCCACGCCGACCGUUUUCUCUUGACAGAAAUUCUCAAGGACAAACUCGGUUUCAAGGGUUUUCUAGUUUCUGACUGGGAAGGUUUGGACCGGCUUAGUAAGCCUCAGGGAUCAAACUACCGCAACUGCAUUAAAACUUCGGUCAAUGCUGGCAUUGACAUGGUGAUGGUACCAUUAAAGUACGACCAGUUCAUACAAGACAUGACAGAUCUAGUAGAGUCAGGGGAAAUACCGAUGGAUCGGGUCAACGAUGCUGUUGAAAGAAUACUCAGAGUGAAAUUUGUCGCUGGUCUCUUCGAACAUCCUCUCACUGAUCGAUCUUUGUUGCGUACUGUUGGUUGCAAGGAACAUAGAGAAUUGGCGCAGGAAGCAGUUAGAAAGUCGUUAGUUCUGUUAAAGAAUGGUAAAAAUGCUGAUAAACCGUUUCUGCCUCUAGAUCGCAAAGCCAAGAGGAUUCUAGUCACUGGAACUCAUGCAGAUGAUCUUGGAUAUCAGUGUGGAGGAUGGACAAAGACAUGGUUUGGUCUAAGCGGCAGGAUCACAAUUGGCACGACGCUUUUGGAUGCCAUAAAAGCAGUAGUUGGAGACAAAACCGAAGUAAUCUACGAGAAAAAUCCGUCAAAGGAAACCUUAGCCUCGAGUGAAGGAUUCUCUUAUGCCAUUGUUGCAGUCGGGGAACCGCCCUAUGCAGAGGCAACAGGGGAUAACUCGGAACUCACAAUACCGUUCAAUGGUAGCGACAUUGUCACCGCAGUCGCAGAGAAAAUCCCUACUCUGGUGGUCCUGAUCUCAGGACGACCUGUGGUUUUGGAGCAGAGAGUUCUUGAAAAGACAGAUGCUCUGGUUGCUGCUUGGCUGCCUGGAACAGAAGGGCAAGGGAUGGCUGACGUUAUUUUUGGAGAUUAUGACUUCGAGGGGAAAUUACCUGUGAGCUGGUUCAAACGUGUUGAGCAUUUGCCACUAGAUGCUAAUGCCAAUUCAUAUGAUCCAUUGUUCCCUUUUGGUUUCAGUCUCAAUUCAAAACCACUGUAACUUCACCAGUCACAUUGGGGAAGUAUCUUAUGAACAUAUAUUACCCGCAAUUUCGAAUGUCUACAAGCAAA